AGACUUCCAAACCCAAUACCUUCACUCUCUCAGAAACCCACCCAGAACCUCCACCUCUGACACCAUGGUCAACUCUUGCUGCGGCUCUGUCUGCUCUGAGGAGGGAUGCGGCCAAGGCUGCUGCCAGCCUAGCUGCUGCCAGACCACCUGCUGUAGGACCACCUGCUGCCGCCCCAGCUGCUGUGUGUCCAGCUGCUGCCGCCCCAGCUGCUGCAGACCCAGCUGCUGUGUGUCCAGCUGCUGCAGACCCAGCUGCUGUGUGUCCAGCUGCUGCAGGCCCCAGUGCUGCCAGUCUGUGUGCUGCCAGCCCACCUGCUGCCGCCCCAGCUGCUGCCGCCCCAGCUGCUGCAUCUCUAGCUGCUGUCAACCAUCCUGUGGUAGCUCCAGCUGCUGUGGCUCCAGCUGCUGCCGCCCCUGUUGCCGUCCCUGCUGCCGUCCCUGUUGCCGCCCUUGCUGCUGUCUGAGACCAGUCUGUGGUCAGGUCUGCUGCCAAACCACUUGCUACCGCCCCACCUGUGUCAUCUCCACCUGCCCCCGCCCCAUGUGCUGUGCCAUCCCCUGCUGCUGA